AUGAAACGAGUCCGCAUAAUCAUAAGCGGCCUCGAGUAUCAACUGGAACAGCUGUCAUUUCUGAAAGUGGACGGCAACGAGGACGGCGAUGGCACACUCGUUGAAGACGAAGCCUCAGGUUUGCAGUGGAGGUAUCUGCAGACGACGCUUAGCAUCGAGCUGGCGAAGAACCGACAGGAGGAGAUUUUGCUGGAGCGCCAGCUCCUCCAACGUGAAAAGGCUGUCGGCCUGGUCUCACAAAAGAAGAUGGAGUCAAUCCUGUCUUCGCAGAUCUGGCGUUUUGCGUUGAGCGGAGGCGAUCUCUGGCGCAACUUGAAGGAAAAGCUGCAGAUUGAGGACCCCUCUGCAGCAUCGCUGAGGCACUCUGCGGAACCUAUAGGCAUCAGGCGGAAGUUGGUGGGGCUGUAUAAGGAAGACGACGGCCUGGAGAGUCGAAAGCAGCCCGUCAACUGGCAUGCCGAUGCCAUCGAGUACUACUCUGCCAACCCGGUGGAUCACGGGAGGAGCAAGGAUGAAGGAUGGUGCCACAUCACCGGAACGUGGUAUCACAACCCCAUUAAGCCGACGGCCAUUGUCCCCUUUCACAUGGAUGCGAACAAACUGGCGGAGCUGGUCUUUGGGUCCAUCGCCGCAUCGGUAUACUCGCCUGCCAACGCACUGCUGCUGAGGCCGGCUUUCUACUGCUGGCUGAAGGAGUACAAGUUUGUCAUUGUACCGGCGAAUUGUUACGAAGGAAUGAUUACGCGAUGGAGGCUGGACAUCAUCGCCCCCGACGAGGAUAAACCCGGAUUUCUGACUCACGAGUUCAGGGGAGGGACAUACAGCGAACAGAUUGACGGCAAGGAACUGACCUUCUUGGGCGAGAACCGGCCUGCCACAAAGUUUCUCUGGUUCCACUUCCUCAUAGCCCUCGUGCGCAUCAAAGACCUGGGACGCGCGAACUGGCGACAUGUUUGGGCCCGGUACUACCAUGAGCAACCCUUUCCGAAACCGAGCAGCUACAUGAGGAGGUCCGUCGUUCGGGCAUUGGCGACUUAUUUCGCGGUACCGGAUAUGAAUGUGGUGGAGAGCUGGGUGUAUAAUCAGGGAUUUGAAAGUUACCAUAUUCAGGACGAGUUGGUCAAGAAGGAGAUUGCGCGACGCGUCCAUCUGCUUGUUCUGGAGGACUCUGGCAAUCCCGAAAUCUCUGAGACUUGGGACGGCAUUUGCUACGCCGAUGGCUGA